CAUUGUCCAACCAUUGUCCAACCAUUGUCCAACCAUUGUCCAACCAUUGUCCAACCAUUGUCCAACCAUUGUUCAACCAUUGUCCAACCAUUGUCCAACCAUUGUCCAACCAUUGUCCAACCAUUGUCCAACCAUUGUCCAACCAUUAUCCAACCAUUGUCCAACCAUUGUCCAACCAUUGUCCAACCAUUGUCCAACCAUUGUCCAACCAUUGUCCAACCAUUGUUCAACCAUUGUCCAACCAUUGUCCAACCAUUAUCCAAUCAUUGUCCAACCAUUGUCCAACCAUUGUCCAACCAUUGUCCAACCAUUGUUCAACCAUUGUCCAACCAUUGUCCAAUCAUUGUCCAACCAUUGUCCAACCAUUGUUCAACCAUUGUCCAACCAUUGUCCAAUCAUUGUCCAACCAUUAUCCAACCAUUAUCCAACCAUUAUCCAACCAUUGUCCAACCAUUGUCCAACCAUUGUCCAAUCAUUGUUCAACCAUUGUCCAACCAUUGUCCAACCAUUGUUCAACCAUUGUCCAACCAUUAUCCAACCAUUGUCCAACCAUUGUCCAACCAUUGUCCAACCAUUGUCCAACCAUUGUCCAAUCAUUGUUCAACCAUUGUCCAACCAUUGUCCAACCAUUGUUCAACCAUUGUCCAACCAUUAUCCAACCAUUGUCCAACCAUUGUCCAACCUUUGUCCUUGUUCCAAUUGCAAAAGUACUUCCAUAUUGCAAUUAUGGAUGACAUAUUUGUCAUAUGUUAA